AUGGGGGACGAAAAAUCCUCCAUGACCAUCACCACUAGAGACAGAGAUCGAGAGCUUCUCAUCCCGGUUGCCGACACCGCCGCCGGCGAUGAAGCCGCCUCCCCUUCCCUCAAGCAGUCGUCGUCAUCCGUCCAUCAUGCUGGACGCGAGACAUUUUGCAAAGUUGUUAGAAGCUGGGCAUCAAAAAAGUUCAUGACAGGAUGUGUCAUUCUCUUUCCAAUUGCUAUCACCUUCUAUAUAACGUGGUGGUUUAUUCAUUUUGUGGACGGAUUUUUCUCUCCUAUCUAUGCUCAACUUGGAAUUGAUAUUUUUGGUCUUGGAUUCAUAACUUCCAUAACUUUCAUCUUCUUGGUUGGGGUUUUCAUGUCAUCAUGGUUGGGUGCAUCCGUCCUGGGCCUUGGGGAGUGGUUUAUCAAGCGAAUGCCUCUUGUUCGUCAUAUUUAUAAUGCCUCCAAGCAGAUUAGUGCUGCUAUAUCUCCUGUUGAUGCUAACAUGCAUAUUGUCACAGAUCAAAAUACACAAGCCUUCAAAGAAGUAGCUAUCAUUCGGCAUCCACGUAUUGGAGAAUAUGCAUUUGGAUUCAUCACCUCAUCUGUUACCCUUCAGAACUAUUCUGGAGAUGAGGAAUUAUGCUGUGUCUAUGUGCCUACAAAUCAUCUCUAUAUCGGUGAUAUAUUUCUUGUCAACACGAAAGAUGUCAUUAGGCCAAACUUGUCAGUUCGAGAAGGAAUUGGUGAGUGA